AUGAUAUUCAUCGCGGUGGUCAUAACGUCGUCCUUGAUCAUCAUCUCUCCAUCAACCUGCACUCCACCUCCAGAGGAUCCCAUCCACUGCUCCAACAGCACCACCUCCUGCACCAUCACCAACUACAUCGGCGCCUUCCCCGACCGCUCCACGUGUCGUGCAUCCGGCGCCGCAUACCCCGCCACGGAGGACGAGCUCAUCGCGGUGGUGGCCGACGGGACGCGGGCGCGGCGGAAGAUGAAGGUAGCCACCCGCUCCCACCACAGCAUCCCCAAGCUGGCCUGCCCCGGCGGCGAAGGCGGCCUCCUGAUAAGCACCAAGUUCCUCGACCGCGUCCUCUCCGUGGACAAGGAGGCGAUGACUGUGACGGUGGAGAGCGGGGUGACCCUGCGCCAGCUGAUCGAGGCCGCGGCGGAGGCCGGGCUGGCGCUGCCCUACUCGCCGUAUUGGUGGGGUCUGACGGUGGGAGGGAUGCUCGCCACUGGGGCCCACGGGAGUUCCUUAUGGGCCCGACAAGGCGGCGCAGUCCAUGAUUACGUGGCGGAGAUGACGAUGGUCAGCCCCGGAAGGGCCGCCGAUGGUUAUGUGAGAGUGAGGAGGCUGAAGGAAGGCGAUAGCACUGAGAUCAAUGCUGCCAAGGUCUCGCUCGGCGUCCUUGGAGCUAUUUACAAGGUGACAUUCAAACUCCAACCCUUGUUCAAACGAUCCUUGACCUACAUGCAAAAAGAUGACAAGGAGCUCGGGGACGAGGCGAUUGCUUUUGGAAGCAAACACGAGUUUGCUGAUUUGUCAUGGUUUCCCAGUCAGGGCAAAGUCAUUUACAGGAUCGACGAUCGCGUCCCUUCUAAUGCGGUAGGAAAUGGCAUCUAUGACUUCAUCGGCUUCCGUGCUACCCUCUCCUCAGCCUUGGCCAUCAUUAGAUCCGUUGAGGAUAUUCAAGAAUCAACCAAGGAUGCUGACGCGAGAUGCCUGAGCGGUAAGCUUCUAUCAUCUGCCCUCGACUCCGCAGCCUUCGGCUUAACCAACGACGGUCUCACCUUCACCGCGUACCCAGUAAUAGGCUAUCACAACCACCUCCAAGCCUCUGGAAGCUGUCUCGACAGUGCGAGUGACGGACUAAUCACGGCUUGCCCAUGGGACUCGAGGAUCAAAGCCCAGUUCUUCCACCAAACUAGCUUUAGCAUUGCCCUAUCCGACGCCAAGGACUUCAUCCACGACGUCCAAACGUUGGUCGCCUUGGACCCUAGGUCUAUGUGCGUCAUUGACCAAUACAAUGGCAUCCUCAUUCGUUAUGUAACCGCAUCCAACGCCUAUCUUGGGAAGCAAGAGGAUGGGCUAGACUUUGACCUAACAUACUACAGGAGCAAGGACCCCGCGAUGCCACGUCUGUUCGAGGACGUUCUCGAGGAGAUCGAGCAGAUGGCUGUGUUCAAGUACGGAGGCUUGCCACAUUGGGGGAAGAACCGUAACGUGGCAUUCGAGGGGGCUAUGAGGAAGUAUAAGCAAGGUGAGGAGUUUGUGAGGGUGAAAGAAGAGUAUGAUCCAUUGGGGCUAUUUUCAAGCGACUGGACGGAUCAAGUUCUAGGGCUGAGGGGUGGUUUGAUGAUUGUCAGAGACGGGUGUGGUUUGGAAGGCUUGUGUGUGUGUUUGGAAGAUAGGCACUGUGCACCUGGUGAAGGGUUUUUUUGUAGGCCUGGGAAGGUUUAUAAGAAUGCAAGGGUUUGCCGUAAUAUAUAG